GAGGAGCACCACGCCCAUUGAGAAUUUGGUGUGGGACAGAAUAUUGCCGAAGGCUUUCUCUCCAAAUACACCGUACACCACCGGGCUUAAAGGGAGCACCCAGGAAGUGGGCUAUGUGUAGGAGAAAAAGGUGGCCUGUUACACACCCAUGAUGUGGCUCACAUAUGUCCCUGCCCUGUGGACGGAGCACUGAAAGUGCCCAGAGCAUCGCUUCCACGCAGAAGCGCAACAGUUUUCAGAGCAGAAGGCUGACACCACCUUCCAGAUGGAAAUUACAGACCCACUGGCACUGCCUUCGAACUGGCGGCCCCGGGCGUUUACGUAAGGGACAUGGUGACUAGCCACAGAAGCAGGACAGAAUCCAAGCUAGCCGAAGGCAAAUCCUCGCCCUGGACUUACAAGUCCAAUGAGAGAAAAAUGGUGGAUCGAAGGAUUAUUUUUGCUUAAUGAAGCAUUUCAGAUUUUGAACCUCCACUAACUCAGUUUCCAACGGGAUAGUCUGCUCAAGGGCUGGAAUUUGUAAAUUCCGCUGCAGCCGUAUAAUGUCAGUUGUGCUGAAUUUAAUUGAAGCAGAAGCCCUGCUGUGCUUAUAAUUUAAAUUUUAGACAUGGGUGGGGAGGGAGAGGUGGAGAAUGGGAAGGAUCUUUUUCCCCCUCUGAAAUUAGCUCGCUGUAUUAAUCAGAAAGGGGUCGGUCCCGUCCGAUUGUACGGCUCAGUAAUCUGAACCAUCUGCCUCUGCCCACGAGGGAGCUGGCCUCUCUAAUCCAGCUUACAGCCCACGCACCGCUCCCCUGCAUCAGCGCGCCCUGGGAGGGGUGAGGCUGUGCAGAGUCCUUCGCUCCUAAACGUGUGGCCGUCACUGAGGCUAUUUGGAGGGUUUUGUCUUUUUUUUUUUUUUCUUUUCCUUCAGAUUUUGUCUGAGUUUUGGUUUUCUUUUUCUGGGGCAGAAACAAUGGCUUUCUUUAUGAAAACUAUGAUAAGUAACCAGGUAAAGAAUUUGGGGUUUGGUGGCGGGUCCGAAGAGAAAAAAGAAGAAGGAGGGGCCUCGGACCCUGCCGCAGCCCAGGGCAUGACGAGGGAGGAGUACGAGGAGUACCAGAAGCAGAUGAUCGAGGAGAAGAUGGAAAGAGAUGCCGCAUUUACACACAAGAAGGCAGAGAGGGCGUGCCUCAGAGUCCAUCUCAGAGAAAAGUACAGACUUCCGAAGAGCGAGAUGGACGAGAACCAGAUCCAGAUGGCCGGAGACGACGUGGACUUGCCCGAAGACCUCCGGAAAAUGGUAGACGAGGAUCAAGAGGAGGAGGAAGACAAGGAUUCCAUCCUCGGGCAGUUACAGAAUCUUCAGAACAUGGACCUGGACACCAUAAAAGAGAAGGCGCAGGCCACCUUCACGGAAAUCAAGCAGACGGCCGAGCAGAAGUGUUCCAUGAUGUGAGCGGCGGGCGGGGGCGGACGCGGGGGCCAGGGCCGGGCGGAGGGGACCGCCCUCCUGCGGAACGUUUCUGAGCGGCAUGUACUGUGACAUAGUGAACAAGGUCAGAAAAGCCACGACGACACAGCUCUCUCCAAGCACACCCACAGCAACGUGAUGUUCUAACGGUUCCUGGUAGAAAGUUUAGCUAGCGCCUGGCAGCGGAAAACGAUACUUUCCUUUUCUUCAUAAGUGUGGCGAGGCAUGGAAUUCCAGCUGUAAACAGCGCAGAACACCUAUCUGUGUAAAGAUCCUCGGGACAGCCAGAAAGCAACAAAAGCCAAUGGGUUUCCUCCUUGACUUCCUCCCUGGGAGGGUCAGGCCUCAGCUUGUCCCGUUGUUAGCAGGACUCCAGGUCCCUUCAGAGGAAGAGGUGGGAGGUCCCAGCGCCACCCACCGGGAGCCCAGGCUGCAUGCUCACCGACAAGCAGAGAUCACACCUCAUCUUACUCCCGGGCCCUUUGACAUCCUGAUGCCUCUCCCCCAGUGUGGCCCUGGGGCAGCUGGAAGCCAAGGGCAGUGCUGGGGGUGGGCUACAAGAUGAGCCAUGAAGGCAGGGGACAGACUUCAGUGGCCCGUAGUCUUUGUAGGGGCCGUGUGAAGAAUGGACUUGGGGUGAAACUAGAGGCAGAGGGGCAACUGGGAAGGUCAUGGCUGUCUCUAUAUUGAGCGUUCUCUCCUCUGGUCCGAACUUGGUGAGAGCAGUGGAAGCAGAGGGGCUGGAAACGUAGAGAAAUUCAAUCAUUCUCUCUGUGUCUCUCAUUCUCUCUCCGCCCUCCCCCUUUCUCUAUCAUUCUUCUCUUGCCCCUCUACCUACCUCACUGCCUUCUUUUUCCUCUCCCCACCCACCCCUUCAGACUAGUGUCCAACCAGCCACUCUGUCCUUUUGUCCCACAGUCUCCCAGGGUAUGUACAGAUUUCCUUUUCCUAACAUCCGCUCUCUUUCAAAGGGGAUGGUCCCAAAGACUGAGAACAUUUACCUCGGAAACACCGAGAGCCAUUUAGUCAAGGCCAAUGCAUGUUCAUAGAACAGAUAAUUCUCAAAGACAGAUUUUGUCAAAAAGAUCUGCUCUAUUGGAGGAAAGGAAACUAAAGCCAGAAGGUUAUGGGCUGACCUGCUCCACACCCAGAGCUCCUGAAUGUGCUGUACAGGGAGUUGCAUGACAUGAAAAUAUGCAAAUAAAACAAAUGGUUAGGGGUCCAGA